GCAAUCAAAAAACUCAAACUGUACAAAUUACCUCGAGUUUCUUCUAGCGGAAUUUACCAAGCUAUCUCUGGUCUUCCAAAUCUAGAAGAAUUGCAUUGCUCUGUCCCCGUAAAUUCAGCUAUGCUGCGUUCAAUUGUCGACAGCAGGAUCUUCAGAAGAUUGCAAAAUAUCAACCUAGUUAUCACAAAUGGCUAUCCUCAUGACUAUGAAGAAAUGCUGUCGCGGUACUUUGUUGAUGUUUACUGUACAAAUCACCAUCUAAAGCCGCGAUGGUGCUUCAUCAAAGCGGAAGGACGUCGAAGGCAGGUUGCACAUUUACCAGUCAUAGAAACAAAACGUCAACCA